GGCUAGUGCUAGUUAGCAUCAGCAACAUCAUCAGGACGUGAGGAGGCAGCGCACCGGCUGAUCUUUGUGCUGCUGCGGGAUGGAGCUGACACGCAGGAAUUUUAAGGAGAGCUUGGACACGGUGUAUGAGGCCAUAGAAGAGGCAGAUUUCCUGGCCAUCGAUGGGGAAUUUUCAGGCAUCAGUGAUGGUCCAAAUGUGAGUGCGCUGACCAAUGGACUGGACACGCCUGAGGAGCGUUACGCUAAGCUCAAAAAGCAUUCUAUGGACUUCCUGCUGUUUCAGUUUGGGCUAUGUACUUUCAAAUAUGAUCAGUCACAAUCUAAGUACAUCACAAAGCCAUUUAAUUUUUAUAUAUUCCCCAAGCCCUUCAACAGAUCCUCUCCAGACAUAAAGUUCAUCUGUCAGAGUUCCAGUAUAGACUUCUUGGCCAGUCAGGGUUUUGACUUUAAUAAAGUCUUCUGCCAUGGAAUCCCCUACCUGAACCAGGAGGAGGAGGUGCAACUGAGGGAGCAGACAGAGGAGAGGAGGAACCAGCACGCCAACGGUGUGGGGACACCAUCUUUCAUCUCCCCCUCCUCCAAGAGCUCCGCCCAUGUGCCCGACGAGCACAAGGACUUUAUUAACAGAGUGGUACAAAAGGUGGAGGCCCUCCUCAGUAACUCAGACAAGUCUCUGGACCUGGACCCGUGCACAGGGUUCCAGCGAAAGCUCGUAUACCAGACCCUGAACUGGAAAUUUCCUAAAGGGAUUCAUAUAGAGACCGUGGAAACCGAAAAGAAGGAGCGCUUCAUCCAAGUGAGUAAAGUGGACGAGGAGGAGCGGAAGAGACGAGAGCAGCAGAAGGUGGAGAAGGAGCAGGAGGAGUUGAAUGAUGCAGUGGGCUUCUCCAGAGUGAUCCAUGCCAUCUCUAAAUCUGGCAAAUUGGUGGUGGGACACAACAUGCUGCUGGACGUCAUGCACACUAUUCACCAGUUCUACUGCCCCCUGCCUGAGGAUCUGCAGGAGUUUAAGGAGGUCACCAUGUGUGUGUUUCCCAGACUUUUAGACACAAAGCUGAUGUCUUCAACUCAGCCUUUUAAGGAGCUGAUCACAAACACAUCACUGGCAGAGCUGGAGAAACAGCUGAAGGAGAGCCCCUUCAAAUGUCCACAAGUUGUAACAGCAGAUGGCUUCCCCAGCUACGACACAGCCCAGGAGCAGCUGCACGAAGCAGGCUACGACGCCUACAUCACUGGUCUCUGCUUCAUCUCCAUGGCCAACUACCUGGGCUCAUUCCUGACGCCCCCUAAAGGCCACAUUUCUGCUCGCUCCAAACUCAUAGAGCCCUUCUACAAUAAACUGUUCCUCAUGAGGAUCAUUGACAUUCCCUACCUCAACAUGACUGGACCAGACUUACAACCCAAGAGAGACCACGUCCUGUACGUGACCUUCCCAAAGGAGUGGAAGACCAGCGACCUCUACCAGCUCUUCAGUGCCUUCGGGAACAUCCAGGUGUCAUGGAUCGACGACACCUCUGCCUUUGUGUCUCUGAGCCAGACAGACCAGGUGCAGAUAGCGAUGAACACGAGCCGCUACGCUGAGAGCUACAGGAUCCAGACGUAUGCAGAGUACGUCCAGGCCAAACAGCAGGAGAAGGACAAACAGAAGCAGAGUCAGGGCCACGGCUCCUGGGGAGACGGCUGGACCAAGAGCCACUACCCCUCCAGCACCACCUCUACCUUUUCAUAUGCACGGGCUCUGAGGAAGCGCAGUAUGAGCCCGGUGCAGCCUGAGCAGGCUGGAGCCCAGGGAGCAUCAGACGGCUGGGCUCACUAUUCCUAUGCUGAGGUGGCUGGGGGAAAGAAGCUGAAGACUGAUGGAGAGUCCAACUCUGAGGCUGUUGAAAGCACCACCACAGAAGGCUGGUUAAAGACAGGAGACAUGUCUGAGUCCUCCGGCUCCAGCCCGGACCAGAGUCAGGGUCCAGACCAGGAUCCGAGCCAAGAGCAGAGCAGUCCAGAGACCGUGGACACGGAGGGCACAGGCGGCUGGCAACAAGCCUCCGGAGCACACAAGAAGGGACACAAGCACAAGAAGAAGAAUGCAGGAGCAGCGUCCUCGUCUGCGCUCUUCGAGGUGCCUGAGGUGUGGUAGCAGCAGCAACAACAGCAGCACACGGAGUGACCUGAGCCCCUACAUCAGCUCAAUCAGCCCGGACCUCCUCCCUCAGAGCUCACAGUCCCAGGACCCUGUGUGAGGCCGGACACUCUGAAGCCAUAGCAGCCCCACAGCAGCCGCCAUAGUGAGGUGAAGAGCAGGCCUCCUCUUCUGCCCCGGGGUGACUGCGGCUCGUACUGUAGUGAGAGUGAGUUUGUGCAUGUGAGAGCAGUCUGUUUAGUGAAUGUGACAUAGUGCAGCUGGUAGCUCCUAGUUUACAAAGUCAGGGUCAUUCAGUCUUUUUAACCUCAUCCCUUUUAAAUGCCCCUGCCCUCUGUUCCACUUUUAUCAGACUAAUGUGAGCGCAGCAGUGAAAUGAAUAUUUAUUGGUGGUAUUACGAAAUGUCUUUGAAAUGUUGUUUUUGUACAAAUUUGUUUUGUUUAAAUGUUUUGUAAUGUCCUUCUGCAGCACUGUCUAAUGUUCUAAUGUAUGCUGUGUGUAAAGACACACUUUUUGUAUCAAAUGUUUAAAAAUUCUUAAAUAUAUCCUUGUAAAGGGACAGAAUUAAAGAAUGUUUCUUAGUA